GGGUGCUUAACGUGAUCUCAAGAAUUAUGGCAAGGACUAGGAACAAAAGGGAGGCAGACUGUAUGAAGAGGGUGGAAGAGGCGGAAGACCGCAUGGAGGGUCACCCUAUCUCGUGGUUGGUAUGGGCCUCAGAACGUGAAAGGAGGCUUGCGGAGUGGGACAACAUCCAAGAGGAGAAGCAAAAGCAAUGGACGGAGGUACUGGAAGUGAAGGGGAUCGAGACACACGACAAAAUGACAAAGGAGACAUUCCAAAAACUCCAACCAAGCCGUCUGCAGCAGCAGAUGAUUGAGCUUAAGCACCCGUUCGCUGAGUCCGCACCCCCAGCCUGUUCCGCAACGGGGAUGCUCCAGUACGCAAGGAUGUACUAUGAGGACAUACUGACGUCCAGACGACCGCAAGACGGGGUGAACGUGGACCUGUCAAGUGGGACAGACAUGUGGGACAGCACUACUUUGAAACUGCAUACGUCAGCCAAGUUGGACCUGGACAGAACUUUCACCGUGGAAGAGCUCUCCCAAUCGCUGAAGUCAAUGGCGAAGGGAAAGUCUCCAGGAGUGGAUGGUCUCUCGGUGGAGUUUUACGCAACAAACUGGGGGGUGCUUGACCCGUUACUAGUGGAACUGUACAAUGAGGUGCUAGUAGGGGGUAAGUUGGGCAAGGGCAUGACGCAUGGGGUGAUCACGGUCAUGUUUAAGAAGGGAGACAAAUCGGAGGUCCGAAACUGGCGUCCAAUUUCCCUUCUAAACGUCUCUUACAAGAUUCUGGCGAAGGCGUUGACCCACAUGUUGUCCAAAUACCUUCCGGAGCUGGUGGAGAAGGACCAGGGGGCUUUUGUGCAGGGGCGGUCUAUUUUUAACAAUAUUGUGACAGCCAUAGAAUCCCUCGAGUUGAUCCAGGAGGAGAACCGUGAUAUGGUGGUUCGCCUUCUGGACCUGGAGAAAGCAUACGACAAGGUAGGCACCUUGCGGAUAAUGGGAUUUGGCGAAAGCUUCUGCGCCUGGGUCAUUGUGAUGUACACCUUCUCCUCGUCGGCAAUCAUGAUUAACGACCAUCUGUCCGCUCCCUUCCAAUUAUCAAGAUCGCUACGUCAAGGGUGUCCACUCGCCCCGCUCAUCUUUGUCCUGCAACUAGAGGUUCUAUUGAACAAGAUCCGGUUACACCCCGACAUUAGAGGCAUCCAGUUACACAACGGCAUGGACUGCAGGGUCAAAGCUCUCGUUGAUGAUCUGUUCGUAGUCAGCGAGAAUACGGUCUCCUCUCUCUCAGCCCUUAAAGGGGUGAUGUGCGAGUACGCGGAGCUAUCAGAGGCAACGGUCAACUGGAACAAAUCCACCUACCUUUUACCAACUCAAUUCUCGCUGAAGGUGGAGUGGGGCAUGAGAAGGGUUGAAGAAGGGGAGGAGGAGAGAUUCCUGGGGAUCUGGAUAAGUCUACAGAUUGAUGUGUCGGGUCAAGGGUUCCAUCUACAAUAGAGGAUCGCUGCACGACUUAGGUUGUGGGGCUCGGCUUGGCACCU